AGCAGAGGAAGUAGAAGCAGCAGCAGAGGCUGUCGUAACUCCUGUUAUCCAAGCUGAAGAGCCGGCGUCAGAGAGCAGCGAAUCAGUCAGCCCAGCAGAAGCAGAAACAGCAGAGCUGGCUGCUGCCUCCAUGAUCGAGGCUGUUCCUAUGGAGUCUGUAUCCGUGGAAGAUGUGCCAGUUGAAGCUGUACCAGAGAAGCUCACUGAGGUUCCUACAACAGAUCAUUUGAAAAGUGAACCUGUAACGGAGGUGGCACCCGUUUCUCCAGUGACAGAAGCAGCACCAGUUUCUCCAGUUGUAGAAGAGCCACCUGUUGCCGCAGUGGUAGAAGAGGCUCCAGUAGCAGAGGAGACACCAGUUGUUUCACCAGCAGCAGAAGUAUUUGUUGCUCCAGUGACAGAAGCAGCACCAGUUUCCCCAGUUGUAGAAGAGCCACCUGUUGCCAUUGUGGUAGAAGAGGCUCCAGUAGCAGAGGAGACACCAGUUGAUUCACCAGUAUCUGCAGAAGAAGCGUCUGAUGUCCUGGUGAUAGAACAGGAAAUGUUGGUCAUCCCAGUGCCAGAAGAGGCAGCAGUUUCCUUGGUAACUGAAGAAGCUCCUGUUGCUGUGGCUGAAGAUGCACCGUUUGUAGCAACUGAAGAACUUGAGGAAACACCUGCAGCCAAAGUAACAGAAGAGGUUAUUCCAGUGGUUGAGGAAGGUGUGGAAGUGAAGGCAGCAGAGGUGAUUGCAGAAAGUGCAGUUGUGGAGGUUUCAGUAAGUAUAGUUGAUGAAGAAGCAGGUCCAUUUGUGGAAGUUACAGAAAGUGUUGUUGAACCAGAUGUUGCGAGCACAGUGGUAGCUGAGGAAGUUGCUCCAGCUGAAACAUCAAGUGUGCCUGAUUCUUUGGAAGAGCCCAAACGAGACUACAUAGUGGUUAUCUUGGAGGGAGCUCCCAAAACAGAAAAGAAGCCCAUGGUGCUCGGUGUGUCCCCCAUGACUGGCGAGAUCAUCUCUGCCCCUGAUGAUGGUGAAGAGCGAUCGGGAAAGGGCAAGCGCCGUAUGCUUAAAGUGCAGAUGUAUUAGCACCAACUAAAAAAGUUGGGAGCAGUCAGAUGUUCUGGGAUAGUAAACCGGUUCCCUGAUAAAGAAUUAGUAAUGUGCCUUCCCCUUUCCCUAUUUCCUUGACCCCCUGGAUUUCAGUAAUCCUUACACUGGGCCCAGAAUGCUGUUUCCUUCUGACUCAGUGGUUCACUUCUGAGUGUGUUUACUUCAUGUGAACUUUCACUUCACUCUGAUGUGAGACAUACAAGUUUCUUGACCAUUAUAAUAUGCAUGAAAAGCUGUGACCUAUCUUUAUACCCUUUUUAAAUGGAACUCCACUCUUUUUGAGUCAACUGCACAUUGGAGCCUAUACUAUAGUGAACCCUACCUCAAACAUCACAUUAGUAGGACAUGUCUUGGAAUUGCCAUGUCAAUAGUUACAAUACCAGCAGGGCUAAAGAUUUGCUACAAACACUGUCAUAUCUGCAUGCUGACCCCAAGUUUUUUGGUUAGACAUCAGGUUAUCCUCUAUCUUCAAUAUAUGCUAUUUUUCAUUUGCAUUAUUUAUGAAUUAACAAUAUUUUUUAUUUGUACCUCUCUACCUCAGCUUGAAAAGACAGUGUUCUCUUUUUUCCAGUAACCAGUCCAGUAUUAAUUUUUAAAGGCUGACAUUACAAUAUUAUCCAAAAGGCAAACCCCACUGCUGCAUCCUUUGCCUUUGUUUUCCUGUUCUCUCUUAGUUUGUUCUGUUGAUCCAUCAGAGUUGGUCACCAUCAUCAAACCAGUGAAGUUUCCUGUGAUUAUAAAAAAAUGUUGUUUGGCAGGUGUAGUAAUUAAAUAAAGUAAUAAAUUACUUUGCUUGAUGUGGCAAAAACAAGGUCCCCAAACCUAUUAUGACAAAGUUACACUUUCUUUGAUACUACAGUUUUGAUGCUCAUUUGAUUUGAGAUUUUAGACUGGUAGACAGACAUACUAUAUCGAGCCAGAAGGGAAAUUAAGAUCGGAUAAAAAAAAACAUACAACUACCUAACAAUUUUGUCUCUUAUUUCCUUCAUGUUUCAAAAGGGACCUUAUUAGUUUUACAAGUAAGAUAACUUUAUAAUGUGAAUGUGAGGGAAUAAUUUGAAGUAUAGUUCAGUAUAAAGGGUGUGUACACGGGUUCUUUUUUGUUUUUGUUUUAAGGGUUAAGGAUGUAAUACACAUUUAUUUGCUCUUUUGAAGUUUCACCUUUCACUGUAGGCCCUAACUAUGGUUUUUUA